CUCCUCAAUCCUUCAUUUCAACCUUCUCACCCUUUUGAGGAAAAAAAGACGAUAAAGCUCAGGAUAGCUUUACGCUUCAAAUCCGCAUGGUUGCGAUCUCCUCAUCCGACCAAGAGCAUGAUGGUAUUCAACAUGCAAACUCAAACUCAGAAACAGAUAAAUCUAUAAAUACACACAUGACGCCAAUCGAAAAAGAGAAGGAGAUUCUCGGAGAAAUCGAUCCAAAAGACGUUCCAGAAUCCAGCUCAACCUUACAGAAUGACUCAAGGAUAGAAACUGAAACACCUGUCGAUACAAUCAUGCCUUCCGCUCCUUCCGCCCAAGCUGAAGGGAUGACCGAGCUCAAAGGCGAAACUCUACCAUCUUCAUCCGAUGCUCUAGGGUCGAUUGAUUCAGCAAUCAGCUCAAAGUCAUUGCAAGAGGCAUCACAAAAUACUGCAGAGAUGAACAAUUCAUCGGAUGCAUCAGCAUACAUCCCCGCCAACGGAGAUCAGUCACGUCAGGAGCAAGCAUUUGAUGGCGCAGAAGACGGCCUAAAUGGUAUAGAAGCCGGUGCAGAGGAAUACGCAGAUGAAGAUGGCGGCAUUAUUCGCUGUAUAUGCGAAUGUGACGAUGAUGAUGGAUUCACUAUUCAAUGCGACGGCUGUCUUGUUUGGCAGCAUUGUGCAUGUUUUGGAAUGUCGCAAGCCAGCGUCCCUGAAGUGUAUAAAUGCGAACAAUGCGAUCCAAGACCAGUUGAUGUGGCAUUCGCAAAAGCUCAUCAGCAGCGUCGCAAAGAUGCAGAGAUCCGCAAAAACCUAGCACAACGUAAUGUACGCAGAACCUCACAUAACAACUCUAUCAACCAAGAAAAUGGAGAUGAACAAAUGGAAGCAUCGUCUAUGGAUGUCGAACAAAUGCAAGCAGAUGUGAACAGUAGAGCCGGCUAUCCCAGUAAGCCAGGAAGCAUUUCUCGAUCACGCAAACCGAGCCAGCAAUUAGAUCUUAGCAAUGCAAAGUUCAACGUCGACGAAACGUCUGCUGCCUCAACUCCUGGAAGUGCAAAGUCUGGAAGGAAACGUUUGAAUCCAAAGACAACCACAAGGCGAAACAACGAAAAUGCAAUGACGCCACGAUCGAUCACAGCUUUGAGAGAAGCCGCUAUGCCUGGCAUUCAACUUCCGGGAGGUAGAGGAGAAAGGGUCGACACAACAGAUGAUGAUAACAUCGACCGCAUUGAAGCAUGGCAUGUCGAAUACACACCAAUUAAGGAGAACAUGAUAAGCGGACAAAAGACGACAAACGUUCUCAAUCAAGUUUCGACCAAUUUCUCGACAGAAAGUCCUCUACGAGCAAUACCCGGCAAUGGCAACAAAAUGUUGGUCCCUGUUGCCGGAAAGAAGUUGAGAAAUCUUGCUCGACAGACGACAGAAGAACCGGAAGAAGCAGAGAGUGAGGUUGCAUCGCGCGAACAAUCGCAAGCCCCAGAAAUUGCUGCUCUAUCUGCAAUUGGCAAUGAGUGUGUUCCUGUCGAAAUUGUCGCACCUUCUCUAUCCAGCUGUACACAGAAAACUUAUGUUCGACAAAUAUCAGAGAUGGCUUCGGCAAGUAUCUUCAACGCAUUGUUGCAAAUGAACGUCCUGUCGAAUGCACCACAACGAUCUACCUCCGCCAGUCGAAUGUUCAGUAAGCCAAUAAUGCAUGGACUGUUUGCAGAUGCAAGUAUUCCUGCAGGCUGCUUCGUGAUGGAAUUCCGGGGAGAGGUAUAUAAUGCGGAUAAUUACCGAGAUGAUCCCAUCAAUCAGUACAGGAUGAUUGGAGCUACUAAACCUUGUGCACAUCUGUUUCCACCUCCUUUGAACGUUUGUAUUGACGGGCGGCGUUAUGGAAAUACGGCAAGAUUCGCUCGUUUUAGCUGUCAUCCUAAUGCUGUACUAAGACCAAUCAUUUUGCGCAAGAAGAAUGGCAGUGUACACAAUCAGCAUGCCACACCUCCCCUUUCGGACAAAUCACGCACGACAAAGUCACCCGAACUUUCUCAAAAUGGAGACGUUGAAAUCGCAUUUGGAAUUUUCGCGAUUACUGAUAUUGCAAAAACCCACGAAAUCACUCUAGGCUGGGAAUGGGAUGACCAUCAUAUCGUGCAUCUUUUACCGCAAUUGGCUCGGAAUCCUAUGUUGGGCGUAUUGGAUGUACAAGAUGCGGUCAGCUUAUCCACCACAAAUCCGAAAAGUUGGGAUAGAGAAACACGCAAUGCUGCCAUUUCAACUUUGGUGGAGAAGGGAGAUUUCCCAUAUGCAGACACUGAUUUCAGCGCAAAGAUGAACAGUAUCAUGACAGUUUUGUUGAGCAGUUGUCUUUGUGCAUGUAUUGGAAGUGCAUCUGCUCCUAGCAGUGGUGGUUCUGCAAGUUCAAACAAUGUUAAACGUCAAGAUUGCGCAAUCGUUCAAAUGUUACGCCUAUCACAAGGUAUGGCUUUGUUGAAUGUGCAUUUGCCCAUUCAUAAAUCCAAUCGGAAGAGUAGACCGCCAGAUUUUGAUCCCCUUGUCGGCAAACGUCGUUGGUGGAGACCCGAUGUAAUGCCUUUGACACCACCCGAGAUCGAAAGGGAUGAAGAGGAAAGGAUUCUAUCCCAGUUUCCUGUGCCAUACGUUUUGGGUCAUGGAGGUAAAGUAGCCAGAAUCCAAGAAGAUGAUUUGGAACGUGUUCGACAAGCUCCUGAAAAGAUCAUGGAUGGCAUUGAAGGACUAGAUAGGGAUCGCUUUGAAGAAAGGGCCCAGACAGGCAUCGAAGACCUUGAGAUGGACGAUGCUGCUUCGGACGCAUCUUCAGCCACAGAAGCGUUGGAAGGCGCUAGUGAUGAUGAAGGAGAGGUUGACACUUCUAUGAGAAUAGACGGCGAGCACGUGAUGAUUGCUAGAGAUGAUCAUGGAACAUUUUUAGUGCACACUGCUCUACCACCGAAGAAGCGGAUUUCUGGCACCCGACUCAAAGCUGUGUCGCCUGGAGUAGAGGAGAAGGGUGUCGAAUAUCGUGGAAAGAAGAAACGUCGCCCAAGUCUAAGUGAAACAUCAAGAUCAUCCAAGAGACACAGAGUAGGUCAUCAACAAAAACGCUCGCGACCACUGGAGCAAAUCUACAGCGAUGAUGACGAUGAAGAUGAGCAAGAUGAAGCGGCUGUGCGUCGCAGAAGCUCUAGCUCGAAGCGAAAGAACAAGAUAAUCGAUCCAUCUUCCCCUCUCAGCACGGUGCCAUCUGACAUUGAUGAAGAUGCAGACUCGGAUGAUGAGGAGAAUGUUGCCAUCACAAGGGAUGAUACAAUUGCAUUGAGACAAAAAGCUAGUAACAAAAGACUCAACAAGCGCAGAGAGGAUUCGCAAGAUGUGAGCGUGGAUGGUGAUUCGAAACAAUCAGACAGUAAACCUGUAGCAAAGAAGAAAUCGUCUUCUAAAUCCUCUAAAGAUCGUCUUGCAAGGAGAAGAGAAUUGCUUGGCGACUUUUUGGAUGACAGUGAGUCGUCUGAGGAUGAGGAAGUAGGAAAAGGCACCUCCGAUGAGGUCGCAAAGAGCUCUGUCAAGGCCGAAUCGAGAAGAAAGAUGACAAUCAUAGAGGACGAAACAGAAAAUGCUUCUGGAGACGAAAGCAAAGUGGAAGUGGAACGUACAGGCUCAAUUACUCCAACACCAACUAUUGACCCGCUCAUUGGCGACCAAAGCAGCGUACAGGAUAGCCCAACAUCGAUGCAGUUUGAUCCGACCCCUCAAUCAAUCGCACCACCGCCACUUCCGCCUGUCGAAGUGCCAAAAGCGAAAUUAUCAUUGGCAGAUUAUAAGAAGCGACUUGCGGAAAGAAGGACAUCUAAUCAAUCAGGUCAGAUGACUCCACUUAUCACACCUACUUAUGGUGUGAAUGCUUCUCCCGAAAAGCCUUCUUUGCCAGGCACACCUUUGGAUACCCCAACGCCUGGCUCAGCAAGUGCUUUGUACGGAGGUUUCAACUUUCCUAUGCCACCUGCGCCUUUGCCUGCUGCUAGUAUGGCUUCUUCAAGUAUCGCAGCUACUUCGGUAGCCAAUACUUCAAAUGAUUCGACAACUGUUUCUUCUUCAGUCGUUGUGAAGCAGGAGCCUGGAAAUGCAGCCAGCUUACCACGUUCCACCUCGGUCCGAGCUACAUCUCCACCAAAGCUCGGUCUCAAUACUGCAUUAAGAGAUGGCGCUUCGAAUUAUCCUCUCACACCAUUCUCAGCAAGAUUUCCACCUCCUGCACAGGAGACGAAAGUCUCAGCUGCAUCUGCUUCAACAUCUUUCCCGCAGCCUCGACCGGCACAAACUGCAUCGACAGAAUUCGGUUCCAUUCCUGCACCUCAACGGUCAUUUUCACACGGAUCAAUGGAUUCAAAUUCAUCUUUCAAUAGAGAUGAUGGCAAUGCAACAGCUUUACGUCAUGUUUCAGGUCCGACGGUAUCUAGCCCCGUUUCUUUACGAGCAUCUAUCCCUCCGCCAUCUCCACGAGCAAGUUUUGCAAGUCAGCCCAUUGCAGAAGGCCAGCAACAGCCUUCUUCCGCUGAUCCGACCUUCAACCCUCCUCGCGGACCAAAAGCUCUCAUCAAUUCCGCUCCUUUACCACCACCAGUUGCGGCCAGUGUGGCUACUAUUAGCAAUCCAUCCAAUGUCGAGACGGCAACACGUGAAGGAGGAUCGGAUGAAAACGCCGUAACAAAACAAGAAUCACCUUCAAUACCAGCAGCAUCUUCUGCUAUUGCACCUCCAGGUAUUGAAGCUCGAUUAUCUACAAGUUCUGCACCCUCCGAGUCUGGCCAAGGUAUGGGUCCGAAGGAAGCAUCUGUGCCACCACCUUCACCUGGCUCCGUAAAAACAGAAGCAAGCGCUGCUGCACCUUCUAACACAACUCUCAACGACUUUGCCAAUGUUCCCAAAGGCCCUGCAAGGAUGCGCGAAAGAGAAUCAGGACGUGAACGCGAAUGGGAUCGAAGUGCAGAACGUAGCGCAGAAAGAACUCCAACAGAGCGUUUUGCAGAACGCGGAGAUCGCGAUCGUGAUUGGGAUCGCAUGGAUCGUAUGGAGAGAAUCGAUCGUAUGGAACGAAUUGAACGGAUGGAAAGAAUGGAGCGUAUGGACCGCAUGGAACGGAUGGACAGAGAGCGUGAUCGAGAAAGAGAUCGCGAUUUGUUUGCAACAUCUUCUAUGGGUCCUCCUGCCCAUGCUCGUGCUUCAGAUUAUCGAGACAGUCGACCAUCAUCUCGAAGUGGAGAAUGGGAUCGAGACAUUCGUGAUCGUGAGAGGGACUAUGGUGCUGAUCGUGAUUACAUGAACGACUACGGCAGCAGUUAUGAUCGUGAAAGAAGUCGUCGAAUCGAUGAAGACAGAUAUGAUCGUUCUCGAUCUUAUGCCGGAAGACCGCCUUUGUCACCGUAUGAUCGCCCUUCAGCAUAUGACAGUGUCCCACCUUCGAGUGCUCAUCUUUCGUCAGGUCCACGUCCCGUUCCACCGUAUGGUUCAAGCUCAAGAGGAGGUUAUGGACGUGGCGGAGUUCCUUGGGCAGGCAGAGCACGUACUCGUGGUCGUGGAAGCCGAGGAGCAUGGCGUUAAGAAAGUGCUUUUUAACUUUGUACAAUUAAUUUUACACCUCUCUUGCUUUUGCCCUUUUUGGAUUAGAAACCUGCUCUUUGGAUAUGUAUGAAAUUUACUAUACUGUACUCUACCUUGCUCAUCAGAUAAAAUACAGAUUCAUUAUGAAGAUCAAUGAAAGAUAAUUCAC